CGCUUAGCGACAGAAGAAGCUAGUUGUGUAUUGGGGCAAGGUGAUUCUACAUUAUCGUCACUAGGUAGUCAGGAUGGCUGCUGUGCAAGUGUUUACCAGCAACGCUGUGGUCUUCCCGGAUGAGACCUGCGAAGCCGUCAUAGAAGUGAAAGGCGGAAGGAUUCAGCGCAUCCACCGCCACACCGCCGACGUCUCCGCUUAUUCAGACGACCAGAUCACCCGGUGCGGAGACCUGGCCCUGAUGGCGGGGGUAUCACCACCAUUGUUGACAUGCCCCUCAAUUCGAUCCCGCCGACCACAAGCAUGGCCGCGUGGACCGAGAAGAUGGAGGCGGCGAAGGGGCAGUGCUGGGUCGACGUCGGGUUCUGGGGCGGCGUUGUGCCCGGAAACGCUUCCGAGCUGCGUGACAUGGUCGCCAACGGCAUUUGUGGAUUCAAGUGCUUCCUCAUCCACAGCGGAGUGGAUGAGUUCCCGAGUGUGGAUUAUGCGCAGGUGGAAGAGGCUCUCACACAGCUCUCGGAUACGUCUUCCGUUUUACUGUUCCAUGCCGAGUGUGACAUCGGGCCAUCUGUGACUGAUUUAGAUCCAUCUGAAAAGUACAGCACAUUUCUGAAGUCUCGCCCGCAAAGGAUGGAGGAAGUUGCAAUAGAACAGGUCAUAAGUCUCUGUGAGAAAACAAAGGUCCGGUGCCACAUCGUCCAUCUAUCGGCCGGCAGAGCGUUGCCCCUGAUUCGGUCUGCCCAGCGUCGCGGCGUCCCCUUGAGUGUCGAGACCUGCCAUCACUAUCUCUCUCUCAAAGCUGACGAUAUCCCUGAUAAUGCCACGCAGUUUAAGUGUUGCCCGCCCAUCAGGGAGGGGGAUAAUCAGGAGCAGUUAUGGGAAGCAGUAAGAGACGGCACUAUCCAGCAGGUAGUAAGUGAUCAUUCUCCUUGCACUCCUGACCUGAAACUUCCUGGAAAGAUGAAUUUCAUGGAAGCCUGGGGUGGCAUUGCUUCGGUGCAGUUUGGUCUGUCCGUGUUCUGGACGGAGGCCAGCAGGCGGGGCUUCACUCUGCAAGACGUCGUGAAGCUCCUCUCCGUCGGCCCAGCUUCCCAAGCUUCUCUCGGCGACAGGAAAGGAGCUCUCGAGGAAGGCUAUGACGCGGACUUCGUUAUCUGGGAUCCAUCUGAGACGUUCACGGUCCUCGAGUCAAUGAUUCACCAUAAAAAUAAGAUCUCGCCCUACAUUGGGAAAACCUUAAAAGGGAAAGUUCACAAAACCGUCCUCCGUGGCAACGUGAUUUAUGCCGAGGGCAGCUUCACGGAAUCGGCACCUCGAGGCUCUUUCGUGUUUGCUUCAAGGAAAAAUAAAAACACAAGUAUGCUGUAAGAUGAGGUAAUUGCUUUGGGUUCGCUUAUAACUAGAUGUGAUUUCUGAUCACGUGUUUGUAACCUGUUUAGACAUGAUGUGAUGUUUUCUCUUCCGAAAAUGAAUCGACUUGGCAUGCAUUUUGUUCGUCCAAUGGUCACCGAGUAUCAGAAGGACGCAGGUAAUGAGCAGCACCAUUUUCCAUACUGACCGCACUAUUUGGAUUUAUUACGGGAAAAUUGUGUUUGGCUCAGGAGGACAGGAUUAAAUCUCUUGAAAAUCAAUGAUAAACAAGAAUCAUGUUUAUUUUUAUUAUUUACAGUUAUAAGCGGUCCUUAAAUCUAUUGGGAAGAAUAAUGUAAACCUCUCCUACAAGGCAUAUGAGACACAAGGUUGUUGACAAUAAUUUAGGGUGUCAAUAUACCAUGGCUGAAAUAAAAACAAAAUCCUGUGAUUUGAUAUUAUUAGAAUCUAUAAUUUUCUUACUUACAUUUCUUAUGCAAUAUAUACAUCAACUAAUGUUUGAAGCAUUGCUCUAAAUUGGAACAAUACAGUCAAUAAUCCUUUACGAAUAUUCAUUCCGCAUAAUAUUUUUGUAAGUUGAAAUUUCUCUGCAGAAUACCUUCGAUACGGAAAUGUGUUCUGACAUCUAAUUUGGUCAGACAUGCAGUUGACAAUUGAGGUAUCAUUUCCAUUGAAUAAUAAAGCACAUUUUCUGAGAAUUAAUGUUAUCGUAAACAAUGAAUUACAUGAGGCUCAGGGGAAAAAAUCAAGAGGUGUUAUAUCGUAACCAGUGUUUCAAAAUGCAAAAUGUAUAAUGCAUUUUGUGUUUUAUUUACAUCUAUCAGUAAGUAAUGUUCCAUAAAAAGGGUUAAGUGCCUAUACAAAACCAUGAAAAAUCCCGUCUAAUAUUUUAACAAGACUCGAAUUUGUAAAGCUAGGAAAUAAACCACUGAGGUGUCAAUAAACUUCUUGUUACAAU